CUCCUCCCCGCUCGCUCUCAGCAUAAAAGGCCGGGGCGCCAUUGUGGUAGCAUAGCAACUCUGCUGCUUCUUGCUACCUUCUCUCGCCAAAAAAUCACAUCCAAUUCCAUCACCGUCGUCGCCGAUGAUCCUCUCGGCCUUCCUGCUGCUCUGCUGCGCCGUCGCCACCUGGACGGUGUCCCCGGCCAAGGGACGCCAAAGCCAAAUCGAAAGCCCGUCAUCUGAAGAUCAUCUAGCGUACGGUACCUUGGACCAGGUGAAGGCGGAUCUUCAGCGGGUGGGGCUCGAGUCGUCCAACCUCAUCAUCGGGGUGGAUUUCACCAGGAGCAACGAAUGGACAGGGAAGCGCUGCUUCGGCGGGAGGAGCCUGCACCACCUCGGCGCCGUCCCGAACCCGUACGAGGAGGCCAUCAGCAUCGUCGGCGAGACGCUGUCGGCCUACGACGAGGACAACGACAUCCCCUGCUUCGGCUUCGGGGACAUGUCCACGCACGACCAGGGCGUGUUCAGCUUCUACGGGGACGUGCGGCCGUGCGCCGGCAUCCCGGAGGCCCUGCUGCGUUACCGGGAGAUCACCGCCACCGUUCAGCUCUCCGGGCCGACAUCUCUGGCGCCGAUCAUCGAGGCUGCAAUGGGGGUAGUCCAACGCUCCGGGCAUCAGUACCACAUCCUGCUGAUAAUCGCUGAUGGGCAGGUUCCGAGAGGUUGCGGUGCUCAUCGCGCGAGCUCCCUGGACGAAUCAAGAUCAGAGAACGACAUGGAGGAGAGGACUCUUCAGGCCCUCAUUCAUGCUAGCCAUUUCCCUCUCUCCAUCGUCCUCGUCGGGGUCGGGGACGGGCCAUGGGACGACGAUCAGAUGCCGUUCCACGACGGCCGACGCCGAUUCGACAACUUCCAGUUUGUGGAUUUCACCAAGAUCAUGUCCACGGAGAUGUCCCGCGCCGAGAAGGAGGAGCGGUUCGCGCUUGAGGCGCUGGAGAAGAUCCCGAGCCAGUAUGCUGCGAUCGUCAGCCAGCGUAUCAGUGAUCUGGCUGCGAGGGCGCCUGCAAGGAGGCCUCUUCCUCCUCCAUCCUGAGCAACCGGUUCGCCGACGGUUUUGCUGCACAGUCAGGUUCAUGAUAUGGUCACAUAGUCGGAGGAUGAAGUUACCAUUUUAGUUCCCAUCCCCUGUGUGCUUGUACACUUCAGAGCAACUCAUUUUCCAGCCCACAUCUCCUGUUUAUUUGUACUCUUUUGAUUAAACAGCUUCUAGGUAAAACUACAUCUUUAUUGACAGACUUGGCAAGUCUUCACAUGUUACAGAAGAAAAUCAUA